AUGUUCGACGCAGUGAGAGAAAAAUGGCCGGACGCGAUAGAACUCCAUCUUUUCCUCUUCGCGCUUUCGAUUUCUGAGUCAAAUACAUUAUUAAAACGUCAAGAUAUCUUUUCAUCACUUUCUUGCCUCUCAAAACGUUCUUUCUUCAAUGAACUUUAUUUCUUAUUAACAUUGGAUAUCUAUAGUAAGUACAACGAUGAUGAUUCCACCUCAUUACAAAAAUUUUCUUAUAUUGAAAGCCUGGAAACGGUCACAGAGCUAAUGAACCGGUACUGGAACUACAUAUUAUACGAUAACGCGUCAUUAUCUCAGAACAUGGUCUACGAAAUGUACACAAAAGUCGAAAGAUUCAAAAAAUUGUAUCAAAAUUUGUCAGAAUUUGAGAAACAGUUCAAGUUCUUCAGAUUACCAUAUUAUAUGUUCAUCAGUAAGAUCAGUUGCGAGUACGAAGAGCUAAAAGACGUCACGAUUUCGUCUGUUCAAGAAGGAGUUCGUUCUUAUGAGUGGAUUGCGAUGGACGAUGCUGAAUUCGUCAAUGGAAAAUUCAAGUUGAACGCCAACCAGUUCGGAAGUACUUCUUAUCAAGAGAAUGAACCAUUUUUGAAUCCUGACAAAGUAUUAUAUUCCCAAAGAGGCGAGAAAUUCGGCCAUAAGUACACAUUAGCUGAGUUCAUCAUAACUCUGUUAACGAUCAUUGUUCCUUUUGGUAUUUGCGUGUGGAGUGGAUUUUUAUACUCAAGAUUCAUUUACAAACUGGACGCAAAGAGCUUUUAUGAGAUCAACCAAUUUACUUAUGUUUAUUCCACCAUCGAGAAGUUCUUUUGGGACAUAUUUUUGAACAAAACAAAUAAUGUUUCAAUAAGUUACGAUUCAAUCCAUCAACUACUCAAUGAAACAACUGUUAAUGAGAGUCACAACUUCAAUACCAAGAGUUGGCUCAAAACUCAGCCAAAUAUUUAUAUUAAUUUCAAAUCUAUGAUGGCUGCUGCUCAUAAAGUAGUUUACAUGCUUCCAGAUUAUUCAUACGAGCAAAUAGUUCAAUCAGGAAACUUCACAUUAGUUACAAAUACAUUACAAUUUUUAACAGAUUAUUUAUUCCACAGAGGAUAUAGUUUAAUUGAUGGAUAUCAUAGUCUGAUUGUUUCUCAUGAGAAAUCCACUAAAGUUAUCUUCCUUGUCCUUGAAAUUUCCUUUGGAGUGAUGUUGGUCUGUUUCAUUGGCAUUCAUAUUUCAUUGCAUAUUAAAUUUAAGCUAUUGUUCUCUCAGCCUUUGCUUCUAAAGAAGAAAAUUGUCAACCAGAUUUUGAAAUCAAAUUCAAAUUCUCCCAACAACGUUUCGAAGAGGUUCAAAUCUGAUACUCCUUUCAUUAACUUCUUCACCAGGCAAUUAUUAUCCCAUCUUAUCUCUAUAAUUUGCAGUUUCUUUUUCGCAUUUUGUUGUUCAGGCAUUUCACUGUUAGUUUCUCGCCACAUUUAUGCGAGAUACAAAUUUAUCAUGGCCUGUACAUCACUUCCUUCCCUCAAAGUUGCGACAUUACUCACAUUAACCGCAAGUUCCCUCGCAACACAAGAAAACAGAGAUUACAAGGAGCAUCUGGACUACUACAGAAUGGAAUGUGGCGCAAUUUUAGGCAUAGUUUUCCCUAUUUUUACGGAAGAUUUCAAUUCAUCCGGAGAUUUAGCCCCGAAUUACCUUAUUUACAUAGAAUCCCCUGAAGUUUUGAGGCUCACAAGAGACAAAGAAGGCGCCAAAUACCUCGUAACUAACUCAGCUUUGACAAAAUUGAUCACUGACAGCGUAGAUGUCCUCAAGAACCCUUCACUUUUGAUCUCUUGUCUCAAGAUUCAAGCUUCCCAUAGACAGGAGAACGAAACUUUGCUGUUCUCUCUUGAAAUGGAAAAUUCAUGGAAAUGGGAAGAAGGAGUUGCCUACUUAUACAGCUCUUUUACUCUUCUUUUCGUGGUUUUCUCCAUUCUUACCUUCAUUUUCUGCACGAAUUCCAUCAUAAAAGUCCACAACGCGGUAAAAUUUUUCGCAAGGUUCAUAAACACUUUGCCAGAGAAAGUUCCAUGGGAUGAUGGAAAAGUAAUGAAGUGUAUUCCUUUCCCGCACGAAACAAUCUCAACAAGAGCGCUCAAAGCGAUGCCAGUUGGAGUUUUCGCGACAGAUUCGAAAGGAAUUGUUAUUUCCGCGAAUUGGGCAGCUACGAAUUUCUUCCCUGAAUCGAUUAUUAUUGGUCAACCUCUUGGAGAACUACCAACACAAAGAGUUCUUCCAAGUGGCCAAACACAGCACUUCAAGAUCGAUACAACUUCAGCGAGAAGUUACAUUCCAAAUGUAAAGAAAUCGAUGAAAAUCACCGUAAUUAAAGAUAUUACGACAAUGCACGCAUUGAAAGCAGAGUUUACAAGGAUAACUAAACAAUUGGCAACAUUGAAUGACAGUUUCUUCCCUUCAUCUGUUUCGACAAACAAAGAUGGAUGUACUUACGCCGAAUCUGUUUGUUCUGUUGAUGUUUAUUUCCCUGAUGCUAGUGAUGUAGUUGAAAACCAACAAUUUGGAGACAAAAUGAAGGAAUUCGCUGAUAGAUACAGAACAAUGUUUUCAUAUAAUAAUUUCCAAUGGAGUUUCAACUUCGUUUUCACUACUUAUGGAACAUUUUCAUGCGACAACCAACACUUUAAAGAUGCGAUUUCUUUCACUUUGCACAUCCUUUCUGAAAGAGAUGACGUAAGAGUUGGUGUCUCAGGAAGUGAUGGAGCUUUCGUUUUAGUUAAUAGAACAACUAUCCAUGGUUUGUUAGUUAUGUCUCCUUCUCUUCCAACAGCAAAUGCACUGACUAAAUACUCAAAAGUUGGAGGAGUUGCUGUUGAUUGGAGAGUCAUCAAAAUGAUAUCAAACAGUGAAAUAGAAGUUGAUACAUUACAGAAAGCUUAUAUAUUCGGAAGAGAGAUUGAGUAUAUGGUAUUUCCUGAUGGAAAUUCACUUUCUUUGUUUAUUAAUUCUUAA